AUGACUUCUACCGAAGCAGCGGGUGACUUGAGGUGUGACGAUCGGGAUUUGCUGCCACGCGAGGCCAAGUCCAAGAAGAACGUCUCGAUUAACAAUGAGACCUCUGCGUCACCCGGUGGUCACGUUUACUCCACCCUGCGAACGCCCAACGGGACAGUUCUGCGCCGGUGCCACUUUCGCCUGGGGGACUUCAAGUCCCACAAGAAGAGGUGCGUGCUCAAGAAUGGGACCUGCAAUGUCAUCAUUUCGCACGUCCGCAGGAGGAAUUUCACCUUCUUCCUGGGCGAUAUGUUCACCACACUUGUCGAGUCGAAGUGGAGAUGGACUCUGCUGAUCUUCUCCAUGAGCUUCAUCGCCUCUUGGAUGGCAUUCGCUCUGCUGUGGUGGUUGAUCUGCCACACUCACGGUGACUUUGAGCCCUUUCACCUUCCCGAUAAGCAAGAGCAGUUCAAGUGGACUCCCUGUGUCUACAACUUGUACGACUUCCGCUCGUGUUUCCUGUUCUCCAUCGAGACCCAGACCACGAUUGGUUACGGCGUGAGGACGACCACUGAAGAGUGUCCCGAAGCGAUCUUCCUCAUGUGUUUGCAAUCGAUCUUCGGGGUCAUAACGCAAGCCUUCAUGGUCGGCGUGGCGUUCGCAAAGAUGGCUCACAAGGGCAAUCGUUCCCAGAUCUUCCUCUUCUCCAAGUUCGCCGUGAUCAGCCAGAGAGAGGGCAAUCUCUGCCUCAUGCUGCGCAUGGCGGACAUCCGAAAGAGUCGCAUCACCAACGUCAGCAUCAGGGCUGUUCUCUUGCGCUCACGAAUCUCAGCCGAGGGUGAGAAGUUGGAGGAGUUCCAGGAUGAGCUGAAGCUCCAGAUUGACGAAUCCUCUUCCACUGGCAUCUUUCUCAUGUGGCCAGCUGUGCUGUUCCAUCGCAUUGACUCCUCUUCGCCACUCUACAGCCUCACCCCGGGAACACUCAUGCGCGAUCGCUUCGAGAUCGUGAUCAUCAUCGAGGCCACGAUUGAAUCCACGGGACUCACCAUUCAAACCCGCACGAGCUUUCUGAACAGCGAAAUCCUCUGGGGUCACAGAUUCGACUCCAUUCUCUUCUACAAUCGCGAAUUCCAGUGCUACGACGUCGACUAUUCCCGCUUCAAUGAGACCUUCGAGGUGGAAACUCCCCUAUGUUCCGCUGAGGAAAUCGACGAGUUCCUGAACUUAUCACCGAGCGCGGAGAGAGAUCAACUCCUGUGCGCCCAGCGUCGAACACCUGCCAAUCAGUCUGUGUCGAGCCAUCGACGAAGUCACAGCGCCGGCUAUCAAGUGGGUAGCAAUUGCUUGUCCGCAUUAUCAGGAGAUUAUCAGUGA